ACCUAGUCUACAUUUGAAUGUUACGGGUCUCGCUCGAUGCAUACAAUGCCUGCGAAACACAAACAAACCAGCGGUUCUUGAAGAUGCCACGUUUACCGCGGAUCCGAAUUCAUAAAUCGAUCGAUGUGUAGGACAGAGUCAUGAAUUAUCCUAAAGGAUUCACGGCAAAUUCAACGCGUUUCACUAGCAAGCAUCAAGUGGCAUCUGUCACACAACAGCGCGCGUCAUAAAGGUAAAAUAAUUAGUAGGAAGCCAGCCGGAAAGCUCCGUUAUACACCGUGAAUAAUUUAUUUUAGUGGAAAAUUGGACACAGAGUGACAGGCAGUAUUACGUUGACUUGACCAGUCGGUCUAAAUUAUCUUGCAUUUAAUAAUUAAUAAUACGUUUUAUUUAUAGGCUUUAGUGUCUUCUUCAUGUCACAGAAAGCAAGAAAAUCUGGAAAAGAGGAUGUGCCACCCUGUUAAAGAUGUGUGGUUUUUGUUACCACAGUGAUCUUGAAACAAUUCUAUUGUUACAUACCCAUAGGUCAUGCAUUGGGGGAAAAAUGCUGCGAACACUCUGAACCUUAGCCUACUGCGCACACAAUGGUCUGGACAAUAUUAUUUUUGAGCCUCUCCUUCAUCCAUGGUCGGUCAUAAGCAAUGCUCCAGAGAAGAUGGGACAAGCUUUGUGUAUAUGCUUGCGCAGUGCCAUCACAAUUGACAACAAGAGAUACUACUUCAUCCAGAAACUAGAAGAAGGAGGUUUCAGCUAUGUGGAUCUGGUAGAAGGUGCACAUGAUGGCCGCUUCUAUGCUCUAAAGCGAAUCCUUUGCCAUGACCGUGAGGGCCGCAAAGAGGCUCAGACCGAGGUGGAGAUGCACCGCCUUUUCAACCAUCCCAACAUCCUCAGCCUGACCGCACACACCUUUAUGGAGCGCGGUGGAAAGUGUGAGGCCUGGCUGUUGCUCCCGUUCAUCAGUAUGGGAAGUCUGUGGUCCGUUCUUGAGAAGCUGCGGGAUAAGGGAAGCUCUAUGCCAGAGAGCCGCAUACUACACAUUCUGCAUGGCAUCAGUGAAGGCCUCAAAGCAAUUCAUGACAAAGGCUAUGCACACAGGGACUUGAAACCCACCAACGUUUUACUGGAUGAGAACGAUCGCCCUUUGUUAAUGGACUUGGGCUCCAUGAACAAGGCCAGGAUUGAAGUUCGGGGGUCGCGGGAGGCCAUGACAGUCCAGGAUUGGGCCGCUCAGAGGUGCACCAUCUCGUACAGAGCACCAGAGCUCUUUAAUGUGGAGAGUCACUGUAUCAUUGAUGACAGAACAGAUAUUUGGUCUCUAGGUUGUGUGUUGUACUGUAUGAUGAUGCUGGAGGGACCAUAUGACUUGAUAUUUCAGAAGGGUGACAGUGUGGCUCUCGCUGUCCAGAAUCCAGUCUCCAUUCCACAGCCGUGCAGUUAUUCUCAAGGUCUUCAAACCCUCCUCAGCUCCACUAUGGUGACCAAUCCUCAGGAAAGGCCCAGAAUCAGCUGGAUCGUUGACCAGGUCCAGAACCUUCAGGACUCAAACUGUACAGACGUAGAUACCAACAGAGUAUGAUGCUUCCAUUGAGAUUUCAUGUCAGUUUUCCUGUGGACUCUGGGCAUUUUGGACUAUGCACUCUCUCUUUCGAACAAAAUUAACCAACUGAACUCACAAGCCUUGCAAACAUUUGCUCUGUCUUACCUCAGUGAGCUCAGUACACCAUGGUUACACACUCUAGCAUGAUCACACUAGCCUUCACAUCAAUGUCUCAUAUUUCACACCAAAAUCAAUUUUGAGCAAUGAAAUGAUCUUGUGAUUUUGGGGUAAAAUAUGAACAAGGCAUGUUCCUGAUUUUGUGGGAUUCACUGUAGUGUCACACAAACCACACAAUAGAGGGCGAUAGCUCAGUUUGCUCAGACUGCAUUAUCACAGGCACCGGUUACAUAUCAAACCAGUUGUUUUAGGAUUGUAAUUUGGCCUAUCUGUCUUUUUUUCCACAUUUCUAAGAUUGUACAUUUUAAGGAAUGAAAACAAAUGUAUAUUUAUGAGGAUUUUGAUUAGAAUUUUAGCUGCUUAAAAUGUAAUUGACAUCAGUUAGGUUAUUUAAACGUAGCUCUCCUGAUAAAGCAAGACAUCCAAGGUUUUUGUGGGCAGAGAAUUAGGGACGUUGUAUUGUGAAGGUCCAAAGAUAAAGCGGAGUUACUGCCAGUGGACUUCGUUUGUGAAACAGAAUUCUGACUAAAACCAUUCUUAUGCAUGUUGUAGCAUAGAAAAAAUAGUUCUGCUCACGUUUAAUGAAUAUGGCUGAAGAAUUUGUGGAUUAAAGAAUAAGUCAUUUUAAAUAACUUGUUUGGCUAUAGCUCACUACUUUUAUUACGAAGUGAAAGUGCUGUUAUGCUACGCUCAGUAUUUGUUUCAGAGACUUUGAGAGGAUAUGUAACAAAAGGGCAUGCCUUUGAAAACUUGUUCAUGUUAGUUCACAUUACUUUGCAAAAAGAAUGUGUUCACUUUUCACUUUUUAGUCGGUACAAAUUACUGCAUAAAUACUCAAUUGUUUUGUUUAGUGGAAGUUUCUUUAAUUGCUUACAGUAUUUGUGUGUUCUUUAAAGGAACCGUGUAAAAAAAAAACAUUCGAAAUAUAUUUAAGUAUGCAUUUAAAUUGAGCAAGAAAUCCACAUGCCUAGAGACAAUUGCUGCAUUCAGUUAUUUGUUUAUUAUGUCUGAUAAGGCUUAGUGUGGAUGAAUCUCACAGAAAGAUGUAGGGUCAUGUUUUAACUCAUUAAUAACAUUAACAACAACAAAAAAAUAA